CUCGCACGUGACUUUCCGAAAGCGCCCGGUCUUUCGGCCCGUGGAGUUUCCAGCAGCAUGGAGGAGUCCCGCACAGCCCCAACGCAACCUCCGGUCGCGGAGCCCGUCUGUCCCGCAGUGCCGAAAGCAGAAGAUGAGAUUCCAGGCAUGCAACAAGAUGAAACUGGAAAUCUUCUAGAAUUGGAAGAGUGGAAGAGGAAGGUUGCAAAAGCCGAAAAAGAAAAGGCUGACUUGCUUCUUUCAAAACUUACUGCUGAUGAGGAGAGUCGGAAAUGGAAAGAGGAGCUGAAAAAUCUGAGAAGUGCAGAAGAUAAGCUUGUUAAGGAAAGAAAGCUAGCUCAGGAGAAUUAUCAGAGGAAUCUUGAUAGACAAAAUGAUGAACUGAGAAGAGAGAUACAAUUCCUUAAAGACAAACUUGCAGCAAAGAAGGCAAAAUGUAAAGAACUUGCUCAGACAUAUAAGCUUAAAAGAUUUAUACCUGAGACGAAAAUGACAUUCACACGCCUGGAGAAAGUUGAGAAUGAAGAGAUGUAUAACAACAUCUGCUGCUUUUUUGAAGCUUCUGCAAACAUCCCAUUCAGACUGAGCAAAGGCGAAGCUCUUAUCACAUUUGAAGAAGAAAAGGUUGCUCAGGAACUGCUUCAAAAGUCUCAUCAUAUUGUGAAACUGGAGAAUUCAGACACUGUUAUGAGAGCCUGGCCUGUUGAACUGGGGAUGGGACUAUCGUUAGAGCUUCAUGUUAAAAUUUCCCAAAGGAAGAUUAAAGUUUCUGACAUCCCUAACCUACCAAUCCCUGAUGAAUGGGUAAGAGACAAGUUGGAACUGAAUUUCUGCAAAACUAAAGUGGGAGGUGGAGAAGUGCAAAAUGUGACAUACGACAGAUGUGCCCGAACGGCCCUCAUUACAUUUGCCCAGCCUGGAGUCGCUAAGAACUUUAUGAAAAGGACAAAGCACCCUUUCCAUACAAGUGCACAGAAAUAUAUAGUUACAGUUUCCCCUGUUGUAGAAAAGUACCUGGGAGGAUUUGAGUUGUUUUCAGGAACAUCCAAGAGGACAUUAUUGUUGACUGACAUUGAGGACAUGGAGGAAGACGAAGAAAGCAUUCAGGAUAUGAUAGCAAUCCACUUCCAGAAACCCAGUAAUGGUGGUGGGGAAGUUGAAUACGUCAGAUAUAUUUCAGAAGGAACCAAAGUUGCUUACUUUGAGACAGAUAUGGAGAACAUUAUAUGACAGGCUGUAGCUGAAACCUGCCUCAUUUUUUUUUUGCCAUGGAUCUCACAGAAUGAUUUUAACUAUUCUGUAAUUUUGACUGUUUGCCCUUGACGUUGUGCCUUUUUGUUUAAACACUGCCAAUACAAAUGUAUGUGAUUGCAAUUUGUUAUGAAUAGUUAUGAAAGCAGGAGGGCUCAUUGGUUAUAACGAAUUUGUUGGUUUUGGCUACAAAGUGAUUGACUUGUGAUUAAUUCUGAUGGCAUUGUGGCUGUACGAGUGAUUGAGAGAUGGAACAUGACAUGCAAUAAUGGGGAGAGAUGCUUUAUGGUCUGCAAGUACCUGAGCUCAGGUGUGGCGCUUUGCACGCAGUAGCCUCAGUCUCUGUUUAUUACAUCGCUUAAUCCAAAGUCCAGUCACAUAUUGUUGAUAUAAGUUCACAUGUCACUGUACAAAAGAUAUAAGUUGCACACGUCAGUGUACACAGAAAUCAUGGGAAUUAUUACAGGGCUAUGAGAAGUGUGUCUGCACAUGUAGAGGUGUCCUGGGGAGUCCCUAGAGGCUUCUCAGCCUUCUUUCCAUAUCUUUCUGUUCCCCCGUGGAACCCAUUCCUUGUGGGGAUACAAGGAAUUGUAUUCAAAAGGGAGAACCUAGAGAUCUCUGGUUGGUAUGAAGAAAUACUGGGAUUCAUGUGUCAGACUUGUUCACUCUCUCUCCAGGUGUGUGCAUUGCAGUAGUUUUUAUUCUGAACAGUGUCAUCCAUACACACUCAAGGUUCUUGGAUGCUUUAACCAUGUUGCAGAAGAUAGGAUUUGCCCAUUCAUUUCUGCUGUGUACUGCCUUGGGAGUUGAAAGCAAUUCUAUUUUUAAGAGGUUAAUAUCUCAGUCUUUGUUUCCUGUCACGGUUGGAGCAAUGACUCUAUGCAAUUCUUCCUGUUCUGGUUUGGUGGUGAUCUCUUAGAGCUUCCCCCACCCAAUCACACACAUCCUAAAUCAUAAGUGGCCUUUUGAUUGUGUUUUCUGCCCAGAGCUGCUUUAAUGGAGUAAAUGAGCCAAAUCCCACUAUUUGCCUUAUUCUUCCCAAUAAACACUUUAUUUAAAUAUUUA